GGUUGGCAGCCCGGGCCCCGGGGGGGGGCUGCAGCCAGGCUCGGUGCCAGCCAGCGAGGCGUGCGGGGGGCUGAGCGGCCCCAGCACCCACCCUCCGCACAGCCGGCCUGCGCCGGGGAUGAGGCAGAAUCGAGGGGGACACGGCUUCGCCGCGCAACGACGUCGCAGCUAACGCUGGCGGGAGCUUGCCACCCCUGGCCCACCAUGCCCUCCUCCAAGACCGGCAGCGAGUACUGGAUCGAUGGGUCCCACCGUGAGACGGCCCUGGAAGAUUUCUACGUCGUGGGCCCCGAGCUGGGACGGGGAGCCACCUCGGUGGUGUACAGCUGCGAGGAGAAGGGCAAGGGCACCCCGUACGCUGCCAAGAUACUGAAGAAGACGAUCGACAAAAAGAUCGUGAGGACGGAGAUCGGGGUCCUGCUGCGGCUCUCGCACCCCAAUAUUAUCAAGCUGAAGGAGAUCUUCGAGACGCCCUCUGAGAUCGCGCUCGUCCUGGAGCUGGUGACGGGAGGAGAGCUCUUCGACAGGAUCGUGGAGAGGGGUUUCUACAGCGAGCGGGACGCGGCCCACGUGGUCAAGCAAAUCCUGGAAGCCGUUUCGUAUUUGCACGAAAAUGGAGUCGUCCACCGUGACCUGAAGCCAGAGAACCUGCUCUAUGCAGACCUGUCCCCCGACGCUCCCCUUAAAAUCGGUGACUUCGGGCUCUCCAAGAUCGUGGAUGAACAGGACACCAUGAAAACCGUCUGCGGGACACCAGGUUACUGUGCCCCCGAAAUCCUCCACGGGUGCCCGUACGGCCCUGAAGUGGAUAUGUGGUCCGUGGGCGUCAUCACCUACAUCCUGCUCUGUGGCUUCGAGCCCUUCUUCGACCCGCGAGGGGACCAGUACAUGUACAGCCGCAUUCUCACCUGCGACUACGAGUUCGUGUCCCCAUGGUGGGAUGAGGUUUCCCUCAACGCCAAGGAUUUGGUCAGAAAAUUGAUUGUCUUGGACCCCCAGAAGAGACUGACUGUUUACCAGGCUCUGGAGCAUCCCUGGGUCACCGGGAAAGCUGCUAAAUUUGCUCACAUGGACAGCACGCAGAAGAAACUGCAGGAAUUUAACGCCAGGCGGAAACUGAAGGCUGCCAUGAAAGCCGUGGUGGCUUCCAGCCGCUUGGGCAACCAUGGGCACCACGACUGCUCCCGCAGCGGGCGCAGCCAGGGGGGUCCCCGGGGCGCCUGCCUGCCCCAGGGGACAGGGACCACCGGCCCUGAAGCCACCACCACCGAGGACCUCGACACUUUCCGGAGCAACUGCCCCGCCGUGUCCAAGGUUCCCGUGAACGGUGCCGGCUGUGAGAGCUAACAUGCUCGGCACCGCCACCGGCUCGCCAUGGCUUCGACAAGCAAUACCCCACUGACCCUCGGACGCUGGCACGGGGAGAGGUGGGAGAAGCCUGGGGGGACAGGAGCACCCCGAGUGUAGGUGUGCGUCGGGAGCCCGUGGUCUGUCAUGUGGAACAUCCUUAUUUAGUGUCCUGUUGCCAGUGCAGUCGUAUCCGGUUGCUGUGAGUGUGUGUCUGUACGGACCCGACUGAGGAAACAAGGCUGGUGACUCGGUCUUCCGACAAAUUAACAGUUUUGGCCACUGUGGCUUGAAAAGAUCCCAGGUGGCUUAAAAAGGAGGAGCAAACAGCAGAAAAAGGAUUUCUUUCGCCUUCCCUACAAAGGCAGUAAGUUGUCUUUAUGACAGUUUUGUAAGUUCUGUAAAUAAUCCUUACUGGCUUAGGGGAGAGGGUGCGUCUGGAUUAUCGCUGACCAUCGACGUUACAUCUACAGUCGCUGUUACAAGACCCAGCUGUAGGUUUACUGCUGUAUUAGACAAGGUUUGUAGGAGCCUUUGAACCCAGCUGUUUGAUCCUAUCAGGAAAAAAAGUGUUUGCCAGUGGUUCCUUUGUUAUCUCUAGACGGUAGACAACCUCUGCUUGAUUUGUGCUUUUGUUCCACUCCAGUUUCAUUUGUUCCCACGUUCAGUCUCGCUGUGGAUACAUGAUGAUGGUAGAAUUGUCACGAACCGGGAAUGCUGGCUUGUCUGGCCUCUGCGUUGGCAUUCCAGGUUAUGAUUUACAUGACGAGUUUUAACGAAGAACAAUGCAACUCCUUCUACGGCGCGUUGUAAGACUUUGUCACGUGUAACGGUGCUGUUGUUUCCUGAGUGAGGACAAUGAGUUUAUACAUAUUUUGGUUUUUUAAGACUAAUGAAAUCAGUUGACAAACUUCUUGAAAAGCAAUUUUUUAGGCAGUUAUUUACCAAGCCACAGGAUAAGCAUUUGCAGAUUUUAAUACAGAACAAGUAAUCAGACAAGAAAAGCCAUAUUGCACGUGGGGGAUUACAGCAAGCCAGGUGGCUGCUCCGCAGUCCCAGCUGGUGUGAUCCAGCGCAAGGGCUGCUAACCUAAGGCGAUGACCAUGACCCGCACCCCUCGCAGUUUGGGCCAAACGCAUAUAACAGCGUGUUCGGGCAAAAAAAUCUCAACUGGAGAAGAAUGAAAUUUGUACAUGAGGUUCAUUUUUCCAGGAUGGGGACAGAGAACCGAGUAGCUGCUAAAGGAGAGGCUGCAAACAAAAAUGUAAAUUUUGCAGAAGCUGAAAGCCGCCAUUACAGACACCCGGCUCGGCGCAGAGGGUAGGUCAGCACGUCAGAGCUGUAAUCAGAGUGAGAGUGGCAGGAAGGCAAAUGUAACACAACAACUUUCAUAUUUAUUUACAGCACAAGCAGAAAUCAUAAAGACUAUGUGUAAGGGCUGACCCAUACCGUGUAAAGCUCAUUUAUGUUUAGAGUGCUUGUAAAGCCGAACACAGAGGAGAGAUCAGAUGUUCAGGAGGGUUUUUUAAUUGGAAAAAUAUUAGGUCUCAACCAGAAAUGUGCGGGUUUUUUAAUAAGAGUCAUACCUUCAACGGGGAAGCAGGUGCACAGCAAGAUUUUACUCUGGAGAAAGCAAACGCUGAUAACAUGGGAGAAUGCUUCAGCAAGGGGAUAAUUAUUUCUUUUUCUUUGCAUUUUGCAGGAGGGGCAGUUGUUUUCUCUCCUUUUUUUACUAUAGAGGGCUGAACCUUGCAGUGUGCUGAACUCCGGUCUUUAUCCCGUACUUUAUCCUACGCUCUCUGUCCUCCAGACUCCAUGACGUGUCCCCAUUUACUCCAGUGGGGCCAGAACUCCAACUUUAACCAUGUUUACUAACCCGGGUCUUAAAAGACUAUUUUAUAUCCUUUGACAUGAAAUACUUAUUUAAUAAAACUUUGCAGGACCAGGCCAGAGUGCUCAGCGCACCCAGAGCCUGUGACACAGGGACUGAUGCUGGAAAACACUGAGUAAGGAUGCCCUGCCUGCAGACCACUCCUGAUCCUGCAGAAUAAUGGGAAAUUAGGUAUCGAUUAGGUAACAGCGAGUAACAAAGUGUCUUCAGCGAUGGAAGGCACCUGAGGGAAAACUGUAAGCAAAACCAAGGAGUUUGCCUCUUCUGUUAUGUCAACAAAGUAUUAUUCCACAAGUAUCAGUACUUCGAGGUAGAAAAAAAAAUGCGUACUCGUGGGAGUAAAGCUAAUAGGAGAUGCCAUUUUGGUCUGUAUGCUGUUUUCAGAAUGUGUUUUAAUAACUUACUACUUCAGUGUAGUGGUGACAUUUCCAAUAUUGCAGGUAUUUAUAAGGAAGUAUAGACAGCUAAUAAAGUAUCAAACAUCGUAA